AAAGUAAGUUUUUCCCAUUUAAAUCUUCUAUUUAUUUAUUUUUACUGUUGUGAAAUGUAUAAAUUUUAUUUAUUUAUUUAUUUAGAUUACUGAGAAUCGGUACUACUCUUGCAUGGGAAGAAACCUAAGCUACAUACCAUAUAGCAUAUCUUCUUCUGUUCAAACUUUGGAUUUCAGUUUUAAUAUUUUGAAACACUUGAAGAAGACUGUUUUCCCUGUUUUGUCUUUCCUGGAAGUUCUUGAUUUGUCAAGAUGCCAAAUCCAGCACAUUGAAAAUGAUACUUUCUACAAUGUGAAGAAUUUGACUACUUUGAUUCUUACUGGAAACCCUAUUACAUAUUUUGGACCUGGAUGCUUUAAUUCUUUACAUAAUCUACAAAGACUAGUUCUUGUGGAUGUUGGUCUCUCAUCAUUAGAGCUUCAAAUAAAUAACCUAACCAAGCUGCAGGAGCUUAGAGUCGGGACAAAUAACAUCCAGUCCAUGUCACUCCCUGCAUUCAUGAGCACGUUCAAAGACUUCAGUUUACUUGAUCUACAUGCCAAUAAUAUAUCCGUCAUCACAACUGAUCACACUGCUGUGUUGCGAGAGAUCGGCAGAAACAUGACUUUGAUUCUUUCUUGCAAUCCGUUAUUAUACAUUGAACCAGGAGCUUUCAAAGACAUUUAUCUCAGAGAACUGAACAUCCGAUCUGCCUUUGUUUCACCUGCUGCUCAGAAAGCUGGUCUAAAUGCUCUGUACGGUCUUAAUGUAAAAAGGCUCAUGUUUGGAAAGUACAGAAAUGAUUACAAAAUUUUGUCAUCAGAUGCAAACUAUUUAGAUGGUCUUUGCUUUAUUAAUUUUCAUGAGGUAUAUUAUUAUAUGAAAGAAAAACAUACUGUUCCAGUUAAUAUCUUUCGCUGUAUGAUUAAUGCAACAAUUGUAGCUGUGAAAGGUGGUAUAAUUCGUGAAAUAGCAAGUGUGCCAUUUCUUAAAAUCAAGGAGCUUUAUUUGAUUUCCAAUCAGUUAGAUACUGUUCCAGGCAAAAAACUUGCACAUCUCCACACUUUAGAAAAACUAGUGUUUACAGACAACGUUGCAAUCCAAAUUCCAGACUUCAUAAACAUGCGCAGUCUUCAGUAUGUGGAUCUGAGUUCAAACCAAAUUACAUUAACAUCAUGCUGCUCAUUUUUUUCUAGAACCCCUCAGUUGAGGUAUUUAAAUUUGAGUCUAAAUCCACAAAUCGGUCUUUCUGUAGGACCAUUUGAUGGACUUGAUUCCCUUGAGAUUCUAGAUUUCCAUCAUACAAGGGUUGUGGGUAUGGGAUAUCUUUCUCUUUUCUCUAACUUAAAGUAUUUGAGGUAUCUAGAUAUUUCUUAUUCAAGUAUCACCUUUAUUAACAUAUAUUGCUUCUAUGGACUGAAGAAUCUAAAUGUUCUAAAGAUGGCCGGCAGUCAUUUUCAAGGUGAUGUAGCAAGAUAUUUGUUUAAUAAUCUCACUUUUCUAGAGCAUCUUGACAUGUCAUAUUGCCGUGUGGUAGAGUUGCAUCCAAAUUCAUUCAAAAAUCUUCAAAGGCUUAAGCUUUUAAAUUUGAGAGGAAACUAUUUAAUGACUAUAGAUUUUCUGGCCCUCACAAACCUGAAACAAUUAAUUUCACUUUAUGUUGAUAAAAACAGCAUUACUAGCAUCCCACUUCAUGUUCUCCAUUCGUUGCCCACAAACCUUUCAGAGUUGGAUUUAUCCUAUAACCCCAUUGAUUGCUCCUGUUCCCAGACAGAUUUUAUUUUGUGGAUAAUGGAAAAUCAGAAUGUUUUGAAGAAACCAGACAAUAUUUUCUGUAAAACCUUUUCACCAAGUUCUGAUUUUAGAGCAACAGACUUUGAUAUUGACAGCUGUGUGCACAAGAAAAGACUCACAAUCGUUUUAUCGCUAAGUUUUGUUACAGUAGUAGUUCUUUUGUCAUUCUUGGUUUACAGGUUUCAGUUUUAUCUUCAGUAUUGCUGUAUUCUACUGAGAGGCUAUAGAUCACCUGGACUGCAAGAAUGUUCCUAUGACGCAUUUGUGAUUUUCUCCAGCUAUGAUGAAGAUUGGGUCAUGAAUGAACUGAUGGAGAAUCUGGAGAACAGUGUUCCACCGAUUCAGCUUUGUCUUCAUAUGCGGGACUUUCAGGCAGGGAAGUCCAUCGCCUCCAACAUUAUCGAUGAAGGUAUAAUGGGCAGUCGUAAAGUCAUUGUGGUCGUGUCUCAACACUUCAUUGAUAGUGCCUGGUGUCGCUUUGAGUUUGAAUUAGCUCAGUCUCGCUUUAUGAUGGAACGCAAUGCCAACAUCAUCAUCAUCAUUCUGGAAGAUGUGGAAGAGACGAAGACUAAGAAAGUGUUUGGACUUCAUAAGCAUCUGAAAAAGAACACGUACCUAAAGUGGAGCAGAGAUCCUCUGAGUAACAUGAGAUUUUGGAUACGCCUCAGAAAAGCUAUUUUUGCCACAAACCAAUAAUAUU